AUGACGGAUCGAUUGACGCGUAUCGCUAUCGUGAGCUCCGAUCGGUGCAAGCCAAAGAAGUGCCGUCAGGAAUGCAAAAAGAGCUGUCCUGUUGUCAAGACCGAUAUUCCUUCUCAUACCCAGUGCAAUUGUAUAAUUGCAGGUAAACUUUGUAUCGAGGUCACUCCUGCAUCCAAGAUUGCUUUCAUCUCAGAGGAGUUGUGCAUUGGAUGCGGUAUUUGUGUCAAGAAAUGCCCAUUUGAAGCAAUACAGAUCAUUAAUCUGCCUAAAGAUUUGGAUAAAGAUACAACCCAUCGUUAUGGCCCUAACACCUUCAAAUUGCACAGGUUGCCAGUCCCGAGACCAGGGCAAGUUCUUGGCUUGGUAGGAACAAAUGGCAUUGGAAAGUCGACUGCCCUGAAAGUUCUGGCUGGAAAAUUGAAACCUAAUUUGGGCCGUUUCAAUAACCCACCAGAUUGGCAGGAGAUCCUGACAUACUUUCGAGGGUCUGAACUGCAGAAUUAUUUUACUCGUAUUCUGGAAGAUAAUUUGAAGGCAAUCAUCAAGCCGCAGUAUGUUGACCACAUUCCAAAAGCAGUCCAGGGCAAUGUUGGUCAAGUGCUUGAUCAGAAAGAUGAGAGAGACAUGAAAGCAGAGCUUUGUUUUGACCUUGAUCUGAAUCAGGUUAUAGACCGUAACGUAGGGGAUUUAUCUGGCGGAGAGCUUCAGAGGUUUGCUAUUGCCGUUGUCGCGAUCCAGAAUGCUGAGAUAUAUAUGUUUGAUGAGCCUUCAAGUUAUCUUGAUGUGAAACAGAGGCUUAAAGCUGCCCAAGUUGUCCGAUCUUUGCUCAGACCUAAUAGCUAUGUAAUUGUUGUGGAGCAUGACCUCAGCGUUCUGGAUUAUUUAUCAGACUUCAUUUGCUGCCUAUAUGGGAAGCCUGGUGCCUAUGGGGUUGUGACCCUUCCCUUCUCUGUCAGAGAAGGAAUUAAUAUAUUCCUUGCUGGCUUUGUUCCCACCGAAAAUCUACGGUUUCGGGAUGAAUCUCUUACUUUUAAGGUUGCUGAGACUCCGCAGGAAAGUGCUGAGGAAAUUGAAACAUAUGCACGAUACAAAUACCCGACCAUGACUAAAACCCAGGGUGGUUUCAAGCUUAAGGUCAUUGAGGGUGAAUUCACUGAUUCUCAGAUUGUAGUAAUGCUGGGCGAGAAUGGGACUGGGAAGACUACAUUCAUCCGCAUGCUGGCUGGUUUGCUGAAGCCUGAUUUAAUAGAAGGCUCUGAUGUGGAGAUACCUGAGUUUAAUGUCUCUUACAAGCCACAGAAGAUUAGUCCAAAAUUUCAAUCUACUGUUAGGCAUUUGCUACAUCAAAAAAUUCGCGAUUCAUAUAUGCAUCCUCAGUUUGUGUCGGAUGUGAUGAAGCCUCUAUUAAUUGAGCAAUUAAUGGAUCAAGAAGUUACGAAUCUUUCUGGUGGGGAGUUGCAAAGAGUUGCAUUAGCUCUAUGCCUUGGGAAGCCUGCGGAUAUCUAUCUGAUAGAUGAACCAAGUGCAUAUCUUGACUCAGAGCAGCGUAUUGUAGCUUCAAAAGUCAUAAAGAGAUUUAUACUUCAUGCAAAGAAGACUGCAUUUGUGGUUGAGCAUGACUUCAUAAUGGCAACUUACCUGGCAGACAGAGUCAUUGUGUAUGAGGGGAGGCCAUCAGUGGACUGUGUUGCAAAUGCACCUCAGUCAUUGUUGACUGGAAUGAAUCUAUUCUUAUCUCAUCUUGACAUCACAUUUAGACGGGACCCCACGAAUUAUCGCCCAAGAAUCAACAAAUUGGACUCGACCAAGGACAGGGAGCAAAAAAAUGCUGGUUCCUACUAUUACCUGGAUGAUUAA